GAUAUACGCUAAUAAUGACAAAUUUUAAGAUUUUCUACUCUAGUAAAAAUAACGAUUUCAAAUAACAGGGACAUGGUACUGUCUAUUUCUCUUUCUUAUUCAAUGUAGUAUUCACUCGGAAACAUAUAAUGUUUUUAUCAAAAUUACUCUUUUCUCCUCCAAAAUCACCAAGAAAUAUAUAUUUCCCAUGGCAGACGAUUUGCGUGCAUAAAACAGGUGCCUUUUUGGAAAGGAAUAGAUUGGCUUUAAGAGUUCCAAUUAACUUGACAAAAUUCGAAAUUAGAGAGUAUCUUAGGAAACUUUACAAUGCAAACGUUAUCAAGGUCAAUACGCUAAUUAAAAUUCCUAAAAUCAAACGUGAUUUCUCUGCAAAAAAGCCACGUUAUUACCGUGCUGGGCCCAUGUAUAAAAAAGCAAUUGUAACGUUAGAGGAUGCAGUUCCAGACGAAGUAAAAAUGAUAGGAAUGGAUUUUGAACUCGGAAGGAAUCCAUCCAUUACAAAGAAGAAUGUCCAUUAUGGCAAAAAAAUUGAUUUCAGCUACUGUGCCAAUAGGAAGGAUGACAUUCUCACAGGAGAACACAAACAGGCAUGGAGAUUACCUAUUCCUAACUUAUUGGCAGAUGAUGACUGGGAAAUGAACCCGGAACUUAACGCAAUCUAUGACUGGCAUAGGAUGAAACCAGAUCCAACUGAACCACACACACACGGAGGAUCUUAUACUGAAAACACAAAACCAAGCUCAAUUCCAUUUCAGAACUACCCAAUGAUGGACUUGACGCCGUGGAGAAGGAAAAUAGAGAGAAUUGCCGGUAACGGUGAAACUGAGCACAAAGAUGUGCAAGACGCUACACCAACCCCGUGGAAUUUUCCAAAAUCACACUAG